AUGGCCGGCAGGUAUGAUUUGCGGUCGCAGGACCUCGAGGCUAACGCCUAUGCGGCCUUGCCUGGGACGCAGGCGGAGUUUGUUGCACACAAUAUGACGCCGCUCAAGUCUAAUCUGGUUGGGCGAGAAACAAUUGGGUGCCACCCGAGCCGGUGGAUAUACGAGCUGAUCAAUAAUAACUUUACCAUCUGUGACCUUUUCCAGCGAGCUCGGGAAGCCAAGCUGGACAGUCACUAUGCAUGGGAUCACCCACAUCAGCUAGUCAUCAAUGGGAACCAGUCUUACUCGACAUCGUCGUCAAAGCUUUUAUCCGCCAUCUGUUUGGAGUGCCAUUAUCACUUCUUAUUCCUGGUGGAAUGGGAACAAGAGCAUACAGAUGUUUUGUGCCACCAUAGCCAUAGUGACUGGCCCAUUGGAGAUACUCAGUUUCCCUGGCAUCAUCUAGUCUGGGCUCCAGCUGAGAACGACGCUGAGAUUACUCGAGAUCGAUCAAAAUACUAUCCGCUGCUAGCUCGCGAAUCCUUUGCCUGCUUGGCUCCGUCAUGCACGUUCCAGGUUACCCUUGAAAUAUCAGAACCGCGGAUGGCCUCGUGGUGGGUAAAUCUCUUGCUAGACCAUGAGACUAUUCUUCAACAAUUGAACGCCGCGCGAAGGGAUGAACCUACACGAUAUGAAAGCGCUACCGAUGACUGGGCCAACCAGGCGCCGUCCAAUCUUAAUACGUACCUAAAGAAUCUCUUGGAAACGACUCCCGAAACUGCCAGGAGUAUCUCGAAGCGGAAUAAAAGGUUCGCUGUUCUGUUCGGACCCCGUUGUUUCUCCAUCUUUCGAGAACUUGAGUUCAAAGAGAUCACCGAGAUUAAUGACGGAGUCGAUGAAGGCUCAUUUACACCAACUCCUCCACCGCCUGCAGAUGGCAUUUCUGGGAGCACCAAGGUGGGCACAUUUCGCGCCUAUCUUGAAGAUGUGCGCUCUGAGGUUCAAAAUCUCAUAUUCAAGUCUGGAAGCACUGCGGAACGCCCAACAUUUUGUAUUACUGCUCUGCAUAGUCACCUGGGCUGCACUGAAGUUCCUCUUGUUAACACAAAUCCCUUGGUAAACAUGGAGCAAUACAGGCUCAUAGGAACUUUGCCUGGCCAGUCAAAGGAGAUUGUUGUGAACGCCUAUAAAAGGCAGUGGGAACUUGUGCCCUCUAGGCGAAGGGAGCUUGUGGACAUGCUACGGAUUAUUGCGAAUGACGCGGGCAACGAACUUUUGUCUGCCUACGCCAUGACUCAGUCAUCUGUCUUUGAGAGCCAGCUUCAAACGUAUACGAACGGCGACGAUGAUGGGCUUGCCUCUCAAGCAUUAGAAUUUCUUGGCCUCAGUCCACCUAAUAACUAUAGCGCGGAGGCAACGAUUCAAGCUUUUCGAGAUAAGCUGGUGCGAGACCCAUCUGAAGCGGGUACUGCGAGGAACAUGCUUUUAUUGAUUGCCCGAUCAUCCAACGACGACUCUUAUCAGGCAUCACUACUUAUGGAGGCUGAUGACAAGAUGUCACUCGAGACUUCCAAGGCGAUCCUAGGGCUGGAUACAGUUGACGGGCCGUGGCAGAACGCAGUUGAUGCUACAAAAGCAAAGCUAGAAACAAGCACAUCAAAGGAAGCCAAGGGCGUAUAUCUUGACGCAUUGGAUUCGAUCGCUGAGCACACGUCUUCGCCCUCGCUCAAACAUUCAGUUUUGGAACUUCGACAUUCUCUGGGCUUCAGUAAUUCUGAUUUCGAUAAUGGCGACUCGAGAGCGGCUAAUUUGAACCUUCCCAUGGGCCUGCACAACAUCGGUAACACUUGUUAUUUGAAUAGCUUACUCCAGUAUCUCUUCACCGUGAAGCCUAUUCGCGAUAUCGUAUUCAACUAUGACAGUUUGCGAUUAGAAUUGAACGAUGAGAACAUACAGGCACGUCGACUUGGUGGAAACAAGAUGCAAAUGGAUCGCGGGGAGGCUGUCGUUGCGCAAGCAUUUGCGGAAGAAAUGGCCACACUCUUUGAAAGUCUCCGAACUUCUGACAGAACUGCCACUCGGCCGUCUCAAAGACUCGCCAACGCAGUUUUACUAUCAACCCACACGCUCCUGUCUGGCUCGAAGCAGCCGUCUGAGACUCCUACGAUAGUAAACCCUCCGCCCUUGCCCGCUCGCCCCUCGCCUGCCCUUCCUACGGAAAGUCAUGACGAUAUUAACAUGGUCAAUGUUUCUGUGCAAGCUGUGUCAGAUUCGAUUGAAACGCGGAGCCGUUCUAGCACCCAAACUCUCGUUGAUCAAGAUGACGCUCGCUCAGACCGCUCGUAUGAGAAGGUUGAGACAGUGACAGAAGACACCGGUGGCCAGCUACAGUCCAUCCCGAUACUUAUUGACUUGGAGGAUGACACUUUAAUGACUGAGGCGCCGCAAGACGACAAGACAUCGACCAUUCCAGUGGAUGUGGACGAGUCUCAAGACACUCCUGUGGAUGCCAAGCCAGGUAAUGCUGAUGUCGACAUGAUUGAUAUAGAGAAGCCUGAAACGGUGGAUCAAAAGGUUCUCAAUGCCCUUGAGCACCAGAAGAGAUCUUCUGGAACCGACCAGCAAGAUGUUGAGGAAGUCAUGGGCAGCAUUCUCAACCGUCUUCAGGCAGCGAUUCGCCCAACUUCGGUUGACAGCACAAGCGGCAUCCAGCUGGAAAAAAUCAUGGAGACCUUCUUCGUCACAACAGUCAACUAUACCAAAAAGUUUGAUGAAAAGGAGUAUCAACAUGAGAUUAGCUUUGAUAGAUCAAUUACGGCUUUCCCGGCUGCUGAAGGACCUUGCUCAUUGUACGAUGCGCUAGGAAGAAAUUUCGACCAGCAGAUCUUAGAGGAAAGCAAGCUCUCGCGAUAUACCGCCAUCAAGACAUUACCGCCGGUCUUACACAUUUUGAUUCAGCGCUCGCAAUCCAUGGGCAGCAAGAACGGCAACCCAGUUGUUAUACCUGAGACUUUAUACCUCGAUAGAUACAUGGACGCUCCCCAUAACUCACCCAUUUUCCAGCAAAGGGUACAAGAUUGGAUGACUGCAGAGCGAAUUGUUGAUUUAAAGUCACAAUUGGCAAAGGUCGAAGCAAACCCAGCCUAUAUGACCUUUUUCCAGAACUAUGGGAGUGAAAGUGAGGUUACAGAUGACACAGCGAAGCAACCCACCAACGGAAGUGACGAGUUCAUGAAAGAUGAAAUAGACUCUGAAAAUUGGGACUUCGAUGGGCCAGUAGAGGAUGACUUUUUGCUUAUAGCGCCGGCAAAUGUCACUAAAGAGACUGCGCCUGAGAAACCCGCCAACAAGAUUACAGAUAUACAGAAGACGCACGCUGCAGUGCUAGAAAUGAUGGAAAAGGAAUUGCGCCAACGACAAGAAGCGCUUGAGGGAAGUAUGAGCAGCCAAAAGCAAAUCUCGUACCGUCUCCAUGCUGUCAUCUGCCAUCGUGGCCACCUGACGUCGGGACAUUAUUGGGUGUGGAUCCACGAUUUCGAAGCCAAUGUUUGGCGUUGGUAUAACGAUGCGGAUGUGAAGGAGAACAAAGAUACCGCAGAAGUACUACAGACCCUGAGCACUAGCGGUGAGCCGUAUUACCUCUGCUACGUACGCGACGAAGACAAAGAUCAAUAUGUCAGCGUCCCUAAAAGAGAACCUCCCAAGAAGGAGGAAGCUGAUGGCCAGGAACAAGAAGGCCAAGGGGGGGUAGAAGAAAUGAAGCCAGCCGUUGAGACUGAUUCAGCACCCUUGACCGCAGCCGAUAGGGACGGGGAUGUUGAGGUUAUUGAUGCAAGGAAGGAGGGUGACCCAGAGAUUGCCCUUGAGGCAGAUGCGGUGGCGCAAGAGCCGCGGGAGCCGCAAGAUUCUCAGAAGACAGUAGUCAUGGAAGAUGCAAGUCAGUCUUAA